GAGAACAACGGGUUCAACUUCGCCGCGUAUCCCAGCAGGCACGUCGCGCUGCACGUCAUGUACGCCGGUUGGGAUUACCGAGGGUUCGCGUCGCAGGGUGCCGAGCGGGACGGCGUGCGCACCGUCGAGGAGGCGCUGUUCCGCGCGCUCAAGCGCGUUCGGCUCAUCGCGCCGGACGCCACGUGGAAGACGUGCGAUUACACGAGGUGCGGGCGGACCGACGCGGGGGUGAGCGCCUUGGGACAGGUCGUCUCCGCCAGGCUGCGAUGCCGAGUGCCACGUCGCGACGACGACGACGACGACGACGAUUUGUCCGAGACGGGACGACUACACGAGGGGGAUGAGAUCGAUUACCCCGCCGUGCUCAACCGAGCGCUUCCCCGUGACAUCAGGAUCCUCGGCUGGACCUACGUUCCCCCCGCGUUCAGCGCCAGGUUCGACUGCGACUACAGGCACUACAAGUACUUCUUCACGGACUGGAACGGCCUGGACGUCCGCGCCAUGAACGAGGCGGCGAGCGCGUUCGUGGGCGAGCACGACUUUCGAAACUUUUGCAAGAUGGACGCGCGCAACGUGCACAACUACCGCCGCCGCAUCGACUCGUGCCGCGUGGUGCUGGCGGCUGGGGAACCCCCCGGGGUUGCGCACAUCGAGGUCGUCGGCACCGCGUUCCUGUGGCACCAGGUUCGCUGCAUCGCGUCCGUCCUCUUCCUCGUCGGGCUCGGUCGCGAACCCCCCGGCGUCGUCGCGCACAUGCUCGACCUCGCGCGGUGUCCUCGCAAGCCGCAGUACGAGAUGGCGCCCGAGGAGCCCCUGUUACUUUGGCGGUGCGGGUUUCGGGACGUGUCCUUUCGACUCUCCGACGCCGCG